AAUUCUCAAACUACUAGUACUACACCUCAAAGUCUGACACAAGUCCAAGAAAAAAAAAUGAGAAGAUCCUCUCUAUUUCCCUUUCUCUCCACUUUAUCCCUUACAAUAAUUACAAUAAUCAUAUCCCAAACCGGGCCGGCGACUGGUGUGCCACUGAGCACGAAUUCGAGAUGGGUUGUGGACGAGAGCGGGAAGAGAGUGAAACUGGCGUGCGUGAACUGGGUUUCCCAUCUGGAGGCCGUGGUGGCCGAAGGCCUCAGCAAACAGCCCAUCGAUGCCAUCGCUGGCCGAGUUUCGUCGAUGGGUUUUAAUUGCGUUCGCCUCACUUGGCCGCUCUACUUGGCCACCAACGACUCGCUCGCCGCUCUCACGGUCCGACAGUCCUUCGAGAGGCUUGGUCUUACCCAAGCCAUAGCUGGUAUUCAGGCCAAUAAUCCCUCCAUCGUCGACCUUCCUCUCCUAGAAGCCUACCAGGCAGUGGUAUCUGGCCUUGGAGACAAGAACGUGAUGGUCAUCCUAGAUAAUCACAUUACCAAGCCCACAUGGUGUUGCAGCACUUUCGACGAAAAUGGCUUCUUUGGCGACAAGUACUUCGACCCUGACCUCUGGAUUGAGGGUCUUACUCGAAUGGCGACAUUGUUCAAUGGCGUCAGCAAUGUCGUUGGCAUGAGCUUGAGGAACGAGCUCCGUGGCCCCAAGCAGAAUGUAAACGAUUGGUACAAGUACAUGCAAAGAGGAGCCGAGGCAGUUCACUCGGCCAACCCAGAUGUUCUUGUGAUUCUCUCUGGUUUGAAUUAUGAUAAAGAUUUUACCUUCCUGCGAAAUCGCCCGGUGAGUCUCACAUUUUCUGGGAAACUAGUUUUUGAAACUCAUUGGUAUGCAUUCACAGAUGGCAAGGCAUGGGAAAGUGGCAACCCGAACCAAGUGUGUGGUACAGUAAUGAAUAACAUCAUGAGACAAUCAGGGUUCUUGUUAGAGAAAGGAUUUCCAUUGUUUUUGAGUGAGUUUGGAGUGGACCAAAGGGGGACUAAUGUGAAUGACGAUAGGUACUUGAAUUGCUUCUUAGCUUUAGCCGCUGAACUAGACUUGGAUUGGGCUUUGUGGACAUUAGUUGGUAGCUACUACUACAGACAAGGUGUUAUUGGGAUGAACGAGUAUUAUGGAAUCAUGAACUGGGAUUGGGAUGAAAUUCGAAAUGCAAGUCUCUUACAGAAGAUCUCUGCUAUCCAAUACCCUUUUCAAGGGCCUGGUCUACUAGAAACUCGAGUACACAAAAACAUUUUCCACCCAUCAACAGGUCUUUGUGUCGUAAGAAAAUCUGUAUUUGCACCAUUGACAUUAGGUCCUUGUUCUAGCUCGGAUGGUUGGUAUUAUUCACCUCAGAAGAAAUUGACAAUUAAAGGAACAUAUUUUUGCUUACAAGCAUUUGAUAUAGGGGUACCAGCACGACUUAGCAUAAAGUGCACUGAUUCUGAUUCAAAGUGGGAAACCAUAUCAGAUUCUAAGUUGCAACUCUCUUCUACAACUAGCAAUGGUGACACUGUUUGUCUAGACAUUGACUCUGCAAAUGAAGUUGUAACAACCACUUGUAAAUGCUUAAGUAGAGAUAGUUCAUGCGACCCUUCAAGCCAAUGGUUCAAGCUCGUUGACAGUACGAGAAGUCCAAGGUUAGCUGAAUCUCUUACUGAGAUGAAUCCCAUCAUGGAGUUGCCGUUUGAGGAUUCUGAAUGGAAGCCAUUGACCACAAUGUGAGAGAAAAGUAACAAGUGAAUGAUAUGUAUGGGACCAAAAGUAUAUAUUGUUUAGUAGUAAAGGAAGUUUAUGUACAAAACUACUGUUUCCUUGUCUUGCUAGAGAGAGGGGAAAAAAAGUACAUGGUGUAAUAUAUAUAUGCUUUCAUUUAUAUAACAAGUUACCAAAUACCACAUA